GCCGAGCUCGUCCCCGCGGAUGAGCCGCCGCCGCGGGGCGCGGGGCGCGGGCGGACGAUGGAACUCCACAUCCUCGAGCACCGGCUACAAGUUGCCAGCGUCGCCAAGGAGAGCCUGCCGCUGUUCACCUACGGCCUGGUCAAGCUGGCCUUCCUGUCCUCCAAGACCAGGUGCAAGUUCUUCAGUCUGACGGAGACUCCUGAGGACUACACCAUCAUCGUUGACGAGGAAGGCUUCUUGGAGCUACCCUCGUCGGAGCACCUGAGCGUGGCCGACGCCACCUGGCUGGCCCUCAACGUGGUGUCUGGCGGCGGCAGCUUCUCCAGCUCACAGCCCAUCGGUGUGACCAAGAUCGCCAAGUCAGUCAUUGCACCCCUGGCUGACCAGAACAUCUCCGUGUUCAUGCUGUCCACCUACCAAACGGACUUCAUCCUGGUACGCGAGCGAGACCUGCCCUUUGUCACGCACACCCUGUCCUCCGAGUUCACCAUCCUGCGUGUCGUCAACGGAGAGACGGUGGCAGCUGAGAACCUUGGCAUCACCAACGGCUUCGCGAAGCCCAAGAUGGUUCAGAGGCCUGUCAUCCACCCGCUGUCCAGCCCCAGCAACCGGUUCUGUGUCACCAGCCUGGAUCCCGACACGCUCCCUGCCGUGGCCACACUCCUCAUGGACGUCAUGUUCUACUCCAACGGAGUGAAGGAUCCCCUGGCGGCCGGCGAAGACUGCGGCCAUAUCCGCUUCUUCUCCUUCUCCCUCAUCGAGGGCUACAUCUCCCUGGUGAUGGACGCGCAGACCCAGCAGAGGUUCCCCAGUAACCUGCUGUUCACCAGCGCCUCCGGAGAGCUGUGGAAGAUGGUGCGCAUCGGAGGGCAGCCUCUAGGGUUCGAUGAGUGUGGGAUCGUGGCACAGAUCUCGGAGCCACUGGCUGCAGCAGACAUCCCUGCCUACUACAUCAGCACGUUCAAGUUCGACCACGCGCUGAUUCCGGAGGAAAACAUCAGCGGGGUGAUCAGUGCCCUGAAGGUCAGUCAUGCAGAAAAGCACUAGAAGGUUCUGAGCUCCCUGCCGCCGCCGCCGCCGGGGCCACCGGCCCCUCCUGGAAGGUUGUUCUCGCAGUGUUUAUCUAGAGACUGGAAGACGGGCCAGGGGACCCCCGGAAGGGGCCUCGGGGACACUCCUUGAUUGCCAAGGCCCCCCCAGCCCUCCCGCCCCCUCCCAGAGCCCCGCCCCUCCUCGUACCCCACCCCAGAAGAUGGCUUCAGGUUCCAGGGGCUGGGGAGAAGAUCGCCCUGACAUCGCGUGCGCACGGCGCAGGGCCGACACCAAAGGAAGUCAGUACCCCCCCCACAGAUGCUGGGGUCUUGUUCCUUGUGAUGUCUUGGGAGAACAGUUGGGGGAGGGGGCCGAGGGUAUGGAGGUCACUGGACUCCAGUUCCAUCAGCUCAGGGCUGGUUCCCACAGAGUGGAGGCCAGUCGGGCCCCCAGAGUGACAAGGGGGGGCCCAGUUCUCCCCUGCCCUGCCCCUGCCUGCCAGUCACAGGGCCUGUACCCCAACCCCAGCAUGACUGCCAAGGGGGACCUUGUCCACACCCCCUCCACAAGCACCAAGUCCCGGGGGACAGGCGCCCGGGAGAGCCACCAGCCUGGAGUGCCAGCUCCUGCCUAUUGCUUUCCCAGCACCCGCCAUGGGUGGGUGGAGCCUCAGUUUCCCCACAGUGGGGGUUUCCCCGGCUUCCCAGGCCUGGGGUGUCUUAGGUCACCCCCUACCUCCCCAGCCAUUGACUAGACCAGCCUGGGGCUUCCCUGUCAUCCUCUCUGCUUCACUUUUGGGGGACAAGUCACCCGCCGCUUCCCACACUGCGACCCAGGGUGCUGGCGGUCCCCAUACUUGGCUAGGAGCAGCGUGCUGAGUCUUGAUGGACGCUGGCGCCUGGCUUUGGUUUUUGUCUAGUGUGUUUGUGCCCAGCCGCUGUGAGCAGUGGUGGCCAUUUCGGGGAGCUCUGACAGGAGGUUCUGCAGGUCUUGCAAGUCCUCCAGGACACGGUGGCCCUCCCAGGCCCUCCCAGCCAGCAUGGACUUGUCUGGGGCUCAGUGGGGACCAGGAGACCCGAGAGCCGCAUGGAAAAGGCCCAGGAGCAGAGCCCCCCACUCCCUGGGUCUUCCUGCCUUUUCUCAGGCUGUGGCUGAACCCCAGGAGGUGACAGAUGGGGGGUGUCUCCUUGUGAGGGGCUGGUGUUGAUUAGAACCCCACUUUCCUGUCCACUCUUGAAGUCGAUUUAUUUUGCACAAAACUCUUGACCAACCAAAUCUUGAAAAUCAUUCGCUGGUUCCAAAGGGAGGUGGGCAGGGUGGCAGCCUGGGGUGCCCGGUCCGCUUUCUGCCCUCGGAGGGCCUCAACUUUCUGGGGUACACCUCUGCAUACCCUUUCUGUCUGCUUUUCUGGUCGGUCGUUCCUUCUCGCCCUGCAAGUGUAUUAGCCCUGAUCCCCCAGAAUUGCGUGAAAGCCCCUCCCCUGAUCCCCCAGAAUCGCGUGAACGCCCCUCCCCUGAUCCCCCAGAAUCGCGUGAACGCCCCUCCCCUGAUCCCCCAGAAUCGCGUGAACGCCCCUCCCCUCCCCAACAUCCUGGAGUUGUCUGUUGUACACAACUAUCAAUACCUGUGUUUUAUGUUGAUAGAGAUAUAUACUGUAAAUAGCAUAUAUACUUGAGCAAUAUAUACGUUAAUAUAUUCUGCGUGCGUGAGCGUGGACACGUGUGGCCCAGCACGUCGGCCACGCGCACACAGACACAUUUGAGCCACCGAGUUUUUGAAUUCAAGUAUAUAGGCAAUGCCUUCAGAGGGCAGGCCAUGGUGGCUCAGGCCUUGCCGGUGGGGAACGGAACCCACGCCCCACCCCACCCCCACCCCCGAGCCUGGGGCAGGAGUGGGCCUGUGCCCUUUUGGCAUGCCUGUUUGAUUUGGGGAAAUGCUGAGCCAGGGAAACAGGAGUUGGGACUUCUUGCUUUGAAACAGGCUGGUCCCCUCCCUAGCCAGGAUCACCCCGCCCCCCGCCCCCCAUCCUCGGAUGGCUAUGAAGCUGGGGAUGCCCGCCUUGUAUCCAAGCUCAGAGAUGUCUGGCUUUCCCUAGCCUGAUGUGCACCAGCCCUGUGUGAGCCAGGUGGUCCCUGCUGUGGGGGCCCACUACCCCCCCCCCAGCUUGUUGAAUGUGAGGGUGAGUCCGGGUCCCACGUGGAGACACGUGUUUCCAUGGCAUCUACGAGGCUCCCUGGGUGCUGGCUGUGGGGGUCUGAGUGAGUGAGUUGGGAAGUGUGAACACUGAGAUUUUGCCCUGGCGUGUGACAGCGCUCUUCUGUACCCUCAGCCUAGUUCUGGCCCAGCUAGAUGACAGGUAUUGCCAGCUUACACCCCCAAAGAUGCGUGUGGCCCUGAGCCCAUCGCCUCCCCUCCCCAAGACCCUGGGGCAGUGCGUCCAAACCACCAGCCCUUGCCCUUGCCAGAGGCAGGGCCCUGUGGGCAGGGAUGGCACUGGGCCUGGGCCUGGUGCCUUGGCCCCCACCAGGCAGCUGGACCAUACUGACCAGUCUGGUGUCCAGCAGACACUUGGUCUGAUGAGGCCCCUAGAAGACAUGGAGUCAGAAGGGAGGACUUGGGCAGGUGCCAGGGCGAAGCCCUACCCCCCACCAACCCUGUAUCACCAUGUGAUUGAAGUUCUUCAAACAGGGAAGCUGGACCUUGUGCCACCAGUCUGCCAUCCAUCCUGGGCCAGCUCUGAGCCUCUAGGUUAGAUGUAGGACAAAGGCCCCACUUUGGAGGUGCUCCCUGGAGAUACCCCACCCGCGGUGGCCAGGAUGGGCAGGUGAGCAGAGUCUGGGUGAGGGCCAUGGCUCUCCAGCAGGAACAAGGCAGAUCCUUGGAUUUCCUGCCACUGUUGGGUGCAGCCCAGAGGGGGCGGGUGGGGCCGAUAGUCUGUGAUGCCCCCACGGCCUGGGAGACUGCUCCACGCUUCCCAUUUCCUCCAUCUUCAAACUCAUCCCAGCCCUUUGCAGCCAGGCAUGCUUACCUGUCCCCGCUCUUUCCCGCAGACAGGUGAGGGAGCAGCCGCCACAACAAAGACUGCUCUCCAGGGAAGGCAACCCAGUUGGCCUCGGGCCAUGGCACUGGGGGAUGGCUGGCCUGCUGGUGGAAGUUUGUGGCUCUUGGUGUAACAGGAGGCAAUAGACACCAGGCCAGGCCCAGUGGGCCAGGGUGCUGUUCAAUGUGGAAUUCAGUUCUUGCAUGUGUGUGCCUGUAUGUGUGUGUGUGUGGACAUGUUCUAGGCAUGAGCCUGUGUGUGUGUGUGUGUGUGUGUGUGCAGAACCCAGCCAGGGACUGGUUCAUUCAGUAUUCAAAGUCCUUGGGAACACCCUCUAGGUUCUGGCUCCCAGGAGAAAGGGGUUGUCCCAGGUAAGAUGGCCUCACCCCAGUGGGUGCGGGCAGGACAGAGGUAUCUAGCAGCCAGCCAGGCCUGCCCAGAGUAGGGGCUCUUCAAAUAACCCCAAUUCUGAAGACAGUAUUCACAGAAAGAGGAGGUGCCCCUCAUCCAUGGGGGGCUCUUCUGGGAAUAGAGGUAAAAGGCAGGGCCAAUUCAGGGCCCCACAGGCCAUGCCCAGUGCAUUUCCUUAUCUGCUGCCUCAGUUUCCCUAUUAUGAGACUGAUCCAGGAAGGGUUGGGCAGGGUUGCCUUGGGAACCAUCGGGGACUGACAAGGAUAGAAUUCCUGGUCCCCCCUCUUGUUCUAUGCCAAAAUCAUUUCCGUUAUCCCGAGAUGGAAGGGUGGAUGGAUGGAUGGAUGGAUGGAUGGAUGGGGUUCAGGGGACAGCAGGGCGGACACGCCCACCCUCAGCCCCCCACCCUCCUGGUACACUCACCAGCACCAAGGCGCCUCCUUGGGCCUGGGCGAUGGGGAGACCGGGCCACAGCACCCCAGGGCCCUCAUGAUUUCUUUUCUUUGUCAAAGAAACACAAAACCCUUGAAAUUCAUGUACUGUAUGAUGGAGAGAAAAAAAAAAGUACUUAAUGUUCCCUAAAAAAGACAGUAUAUUUUGUACUUUGUAAAGUGUUCAUUAAAAUGAAGGGGAAAAAGUG